GGCCCAAACAUGGUAAACAACUCUAACCCGUACUGCAUAGGCUACACUGCAGCCGGCUCCUGAGUGGCUGCUAGCAGUCCUGAUCCGCAACAAUGACCUGACGUGUGGCCAGCAGCAACGACGCUGCAGGACUAGUUGAGCUUUGCUCGCAUAGGCGUAUGCAUGGGCAAGCCUUACCAGCAUUUUUAGGCGCGUAAGGGUGCUGCUUUGGUCGGAGGGCUUUGCGCCUUAAGCUCCAGCCUGCAGCCAUGCAGCAACGCCCUGGGAGCAGCACAGAUGGCUCUGGCUCGAUGCCUGAUCCUUUCAGGCAGCCGACCGAGUAUCUACUGGCCUUCCUCAGCCGCAUCGCGAUGCUGGACAAGGAAGGCUUCUUCCAGCGGCCCGUUCGCGAGGAGGAGGCGCCCAACUAUUACAGCAUUAUUAAGCAGCCUAUGUGCUUUUCCGACAUGCGGGAGAAGAUUACUAUGGGCGCUUACCAGACAUGGCGGCAGCUGCGGGAUGAUUUCAACCUCAUCCAUGAAAACGCUCGGCGGUUCAACUCCAACAAAACACUUGUACAUAGGGCGGCACUUAACCUUCAGAAAAAUGGAACCAAAAUCCUCGCAAACUACGAGCUAGAAGUUCGUAAGGCUCUCGCUGUCCUGCAUCCGCUCGGAGCGCAGCCAGCUGCCGGGGUGCCGGGAACAGGUCCGGCGUCUGCCGAUGGGCGCGCGGACAUUACUCCGUCCCCUUCAAUGAACCUGAGCGCGUCCGCUGCAGCAGUCGUGGUUACUGGGGAGCAAAACGGAGGAGACCUAAUGGUCAUCGACGGUUGCGCACGGGCUGGCGGCUCCGGCCCACCCUCGCCCGACGGCGGCAUGAACGGAGCAGCUUUCAAAGCGGACGGAGGGGCCGCCUCAACCGGGCCUGCUGCUGCCACCGCAGCGGCAGCCUCCCAACCAACCUUCCCUCCCUUCCUGUUGCCAGGGGUCCCAAGAGACCCUCUCGUGGGAUACAUCUCGGACGAAGAGGACCAGCCAUUGCUUGUUGCCGGAACAGACGCAGCAGCGGCGUCCCUUGCAGCUGCGGCAAGUCGAAGCUUGCCAGGCCUGGGGCCCGCGCAGUCGCUGCCCUUGGACGCUCUGCUGGUUCACCUGCGAGCCACCGUCGUUCGUGUGCCGUACACAGAAUCCAGCAGACGAAGCCAGCCAGGGACCAGCAGCACCUCCCCUCCUUACAUCCAUCCUCCUGCUGGAGACGCUUCCAGCCAGGAACUCAGCCGGGAAUGGAAGCAAGCUCGGCGUCCAGUGGAGGUGCAGGCGCGCUGGCUGGAGCUGCGCAUGCGUGAGCUGCGGAGCCAGCAGGAGCGGCUGCGAGCCCAAAUCGCUUGGUUGCAGCAGCGGGCAGACGCAGGCGGGGAGGCGGAGGCCAUGGCUGCUGCUGCGGGCAGCUCGGCGCCUGCAGCAAGGGUGUUGGCUGCCACCGCAGCACGUGCCUCGGCGCCCUGCGCAGCUGAGCGGGACGCCUUGAUUGCGGCGGUCCAGGGCUUUGCAAGUGCUGGUCGCAUUGCGGAUUCGCCGUACUUUCGCAUGCGAGCAGCCGCCACCACGGGAGGGGCAGCGGCCUCCGGCUCACUAGCCUCUGCUAGCCGGGAUGCAGCACAAGCACAGGCGGCAGCCCAGCCAAACUCAGCUAUACCUGCUUUGCUUGGAACCGUGCAGCUGCCGUCUACCCCUGCCCUCGAGCCCUCUGCCGCCGCGACAGCUCAGCCCGGCGCAGAGUGCCGACCGCAGGAUCCCCGGCGCCAGGUGCCGCCUCUGCAGCUGCACUCCCUCCACCACCACCCGGGACAGCAGCAGCAUCACCACCAGGCCACAGCCCCCGGGCAGCAGCCGCAGGGACCAGGGCGGCCAACGGCGCCGCACCCACAUCCGGGAUUGGCAGCAGUGCUACUGCCGCACCAGCCGGCCCCUUGCGAUGAAGCGGAGGCGGAUAAGCUACCUCCUGGAGCCAUCUUUGCUUCUCUAGAGCUCCUGGAACAGCGGCUGUCGGUCGUCCGGUGCCGUCUUCAAGACGCGUACAAGUUUGACCACGCUCGCAUGGCGGCGUCGGGGCGCACGCCCGGGCCGUACGGCGCACGCGGGACGCCGUACAACGGUGCUGCCGGCUUUUCCUCUCAACUGCUGGGCCAAACAAGCAGCUUGGGGGCGCCUCCGUUGCUGCAGCAGUCCUCGUUGUCGCAGGGCGGCAGCGUGAAGCGGCAGUCGAGUGGCCAUGGACGCCGACCGGGGAGUUUGACGGUGCUGACUCGGUUCGACUCCAUGGGAGGCCCCGCUGGGGGCAAGAGCAGCAGUGCGGCUGGGGGCGGCAAACGCAAGCGCAGUGAGGUGGAGCUGCUGGCGGGGGAUUCGGGCACGCCGCUUGCGUCGUACGGCAGGACGUCGAUGGACCGGACCACGUCCGCGAGCGCCAUCGUCAUCCCGCCGGUGCGUGAGCUGCCACCAGACGAAUUCCGCGCGCGCCUGGCCGCCGCCACCACCUGGUCGCAGCACUACCACACCAUAGGUCCCUCCGCGCUCGACAACGUGCCGCCAGAGAUCCAAGCGGUACUCCGAAAGCGGCGGCGGCGGCGGGCCUGUAACAUGCACAUGGGCUUCGAGUUCGACGGCGACAUGGGCUUGGGUAUGGGCAUGGGCGGCGUCCGUGGUUUCGGAGGCGCUUCGGACGAGGAGGGCGUUGGUUUCGGAGCCGGCAGCGACAGCGGCUGUGGCGACGGCGAUGGCUUCAGCAGCAGCAGUGAGGAUACAAGUGAUGAGGCGUACGCGGCACGGCACCGGAUUAUGGAGGAGGAGGAGCACCGGCGAUACGCUGCGGUGGUUGCAGAGGGCCAACGCCGUCGCAACAAAGGCCAGGGCAGCAACAGCUCCGCGCAGCAGGGGCAGCAGGGGGUUCAGGGAGCCGGCGGAGGAGCCCCCUCUGCCAGCCAAGCCAAGGAGCGGGCCAAGUACGGCAACAAAACGCCGCGCUACAACAAUAGCUACAAGGGCAAGGACGAGCUGGUGCUCAUUCCGCCCGAGGUUCCGCCGCCCGACUACAUGGACCCCUCCGCGCCCUUGUCAGCCACGCACAGCCAUUACCAUCAUCAUCACUACCCGCCCUAUCCGCCGUACCAGCCCUACCCCAUGGGUGCCAUGGCGGCGGCGACGGGCCCCACGCCGCCCACGCCUGCAGCGCCCGGGCCCCCCACCGGUCUUCCUCUGCCACCGCAGUCGCUGGCCCCAUCGCAGCAACCGGCCGCCGGCCCGCCUACCGUUCUGCACCUUUCGCCCACCGCCACGCCCGGGCCGCAACUGCAGCGGAACGCAGCUGCUGCUGCGGCGCAGGCCUCAACCGCGCAGGCGCGGCAGCCAAUGCAGCCUCCUCGGUCCGUCCCGGUCCCGCAGCAGCUAAACGUCCCGCAGCCCUCCCCACGCCACCAGCAGCAGCAGCCGCAGCCUGCCGCACAGCAGCCCGUGCAGCAGCAGCAGCAGUCUGCGGGCUCUGGGCUCAGUAAUGGUCCACCCUCUGUCGCAGCAGCGCAGCCGUUGCAGCCCCAGGGUCCGCCCCAAGCUGCUGCUCCCGCAGGUGCAGCCCAGCACCAGGGACAAGACCAGGGGCACGUACGCGUGCAACAGCUGCAAGGGGCAACCGCAGCAGCCUCCGCGGACCAGCAACCGCCACAACAACCGCCACAAGCCCAGUCUGCUGAAGCGCAGACUCAGCUGCUGCGGCCCCAAGCGAAUGCUCCGGCAACGCAGCCGUCAGUGGUGGAGCCAUCCAUGGCGCCCCCGCAGCCUCCUGUGCAGCCGGCUCAACAGCCGCAGUCGCAGGCAAAGCCACCCUUGUCGUCGUUUGAAGCAGCACAAGAAGCUCGGCAAACCGAGCAGGAGGCGCAGGACACGACACGGGCACAGCAACAGCAGCAGCCGUCCAUACCGGCUAAUCCACAGCAGGAACAGCAGCAGGAGCAGCCGCAGGAACAGCCGCAGGUGCAGCCACCUGCGCCAGCGCCCAUCCAGGUGACCCCUAUCGUUGCGGGUCCUGCUGCUGAUUCUGCUGCUGUACGCGGAAACGCACCGGUUGCCGGCGCGCCAUCCACAGAUGCUCUUCCUGCUGCUGCUGCUGCUGUUCCACCGUCACCCCGGCAAACAGCUCCAACAGCAACAGCGCCGGCAGCAGCCUCCCCCAGUGCUCCCAGGGCUACAGCUGCGGUGGUGCAGGUUGAUGCACCCACGGCUGCCCCUGCAGUCGCACCCGUUGCUCCUCCUGCUGCUGCUGAGGCUGCUGCUCCUACAACUGCACCUGCAGCGGCGACGGCGGCGGCCCCAGCAGGGCCUGCUGAGGUGCCACCUGCUCCAUCAAACCCACCCGCCGCCGCUGUCAGCAUGCCGACGUCGUCUAACCCUGCGUCUACCCCCGGACAACCAGCGGCUACCCUUGCCGUUCAGUUAGCGGGCCUCGCUCAAGCACCCGCAGCUGCACAAUCCGCAACGCCAACAACGGCGGCGGCGGUGUCACAGCAGCAGCAACCACCAACCGCAGCCACUGCCGCAGCCAUCGCGGCAGCAGCGGCCGCUUCCGCCUCCGCGCCCGCCCUGGUUGCAGCCCCCGCCGCCGUCCUCACGCAGCCCUCCGCGAUGGCCUCCAUGCAGUUCCUAACGGGCAUGCCCGGACUGACAGGCAGCACCGGUGGCGGCGGGAACGCCCUAACCGCCGCCGCCACGUCCUUCCUCCUAGCGGCCGCGGCAGCUGCCUCCGCCAACGGCCAAAACCCCGCCGCCAGCCUGAUGGGCGGUGCGCGAGCCACUGCGCUGCAGCAGCUCGCGGCAGGUGCUCCCACGGCGCAGGCGCUUGCAAACGCCGCGGCAGCCGCCGCGGCAGCGGCGGCGGCAGGCACCCCGACGGCGGGUGCUGGCACGGGACAAGGGAAGCAGCCAGCAGCUCUGUUCGCAGGUCUCGGAGCCGCUGCGGGUCAGAACCAGGCAGCAGCACUUGCCGCAGCAGCGGCCGGGGGCAUGGGCGGCCUUCCUGCAGCCUUCCAGGGGCUUUCCGGGUUCCCCUCGUCCCUAGCGGGUUUCGGAGCCAACCUGAGUGCGAGUGCCCUCAUGGCAGCUCAGCAGCAGGGGCAGCGACUGCCGGACAUGUUGGGCGUCAUUCCCUUGGCAGCCCAGUACGGCAAUGCCGCUCAGCUGCAACAUCAACAGCAGCUGCUACAGCAGCUACAACACCAGCAGCAUGCUCAAUCGCUGCAGCAACUGCAGCAGCAGCAUCAACAACAACUGCAACAGCAGCAGCAGCAACAGCGGCAGUCUGAGGGGCGCGGCGCGGGUCGGGGUCGGCGGGCCAGCCGGGUUACGGUGGAGGAGGACGAUGACGAGGACUGGGACGAGGGGGAGGAGGAGGAUGAGGAGGCGGCGAGCGCGCGCAGGAGCAGGUCGGGCCGUCCCCAGCGGCGGGCCGCGAGAGAAGGGUUGCGAGGUGUGGAUGGGCAUGGUGGGGCGGAGGCCGCAACCCGGCAGUCGAGAAGGCGUGCUGGAAAGGGAGGGCAGAACUGGGCUGUGUUGCUUGCGAGCGAUAGCGAUGACGAUGAG